UUCUAGUUUAUGGCAAUUGGUAAGCACUUUAGCUUAAAUGAACACUGCCAUUGUUUAAACAAAACAAACACCAUCUUUGCAUCUUUCAUCAUUCUUGUUUGUAAAGCAAGGAUUACAACCUUGAAUAACACAGCUGAUUUGUAAAGGACUAGAUUGAGUUUAGGUGUGUCAAGCAGGGCAGGUUGGAAUCGGGUCGAGAAUCAGUUGCCAAUGCUUGUUCUUGUCAAGCUGGUCGCAGUUGAAACUGAUAAAGCUAAGGAUGAAGAAUCUGUGAAUAGACUCAUAGUAAAGUUCUGCUGCUCCUGCACAGUACCCCUGAACAUGGGCAAGUGUGUGCACGUAUUGGACGUGUACAGGAAGAGCCUGCUUCAGGAAGAUCCCCACCAGAAAAUAGUUCGCCACAGAGCGUCUGUGAAUGGCAAUGCAAUCAUCUGGUCUACAACAGAGCUUAAAGAAGCCGGAAUCAGAUUCAAGAAAAGCAAAUCUUCAAGCCUCAAAGACAUCUCAUUCUCUUGGGGAAUCCUGAAGCUCCCACUUAUGGUUGUGGAUGAUUCAACCGAGUCUAUGUUCUUGAAUAUGAUAGCAUUUGAGAGAUUCAAUGUUGGAGCAGGAAAUGAGGUGACGUCUUACAUAUUCUUCAUGGACAGCAUCAUAGACAAUCACAGAGAUGUUGGCCUCCUGCAAUCAAAAGGCAUCAUCCACAACUUUCUGGGAAGUGAUGAUGCCGUGGCUAAACUUUUGAACUCACUCUCCAACGAUAUAACUCUUGACCCAGACUGCAGCCUUGAUAAAGUUCAUAAAAGUGUCUAUCACUACUGCAAGAAGCCUUGGAAUAACGAGUGGCGCGCUAAUCUUAUCCAGAAAUCCAUGGGCUAUUAUAUCUCUUUUUGCAGCAAUCUUGCUCUUUGUGCUUACUAUAGCUCAGACUGUUACCCAGGUGAUGGAUGAAAUAGCUCCCCUCCUCUCCAGAACUGGGGUCUCCUCCUCCA